AUGUCCGACCACGACGAUGCCACGCGCGACUCGGCGCCCGAUCUCCAGAUCCUCGGCGACCAGAUCACACUGCAGCCCUCUGGUUUCGUCGAGCCACCACGAGACGAGGACAAGGAAGAAGCGCUGAUGCAGCACAUGGCACGGUUCCGCUCAGAGCCACUCCAAUUUCUCCGCGAAGUGUCACUAUACGUAUCCGGAGAAGGGUGGCGGGCAUACGACAAUCCCAUCGGCCAGCCAAUCUUCUACUCUGGCUUUUCGGAAAAUAUGAAAAACAGCGUUCUCUCUGCGCCGCUCUUACAAGCGAAAAUAGCUGAAUUGGCCGAGAAACGUGUCGCGGUCGAGGAGAAGGAAGGGCUCAUAAACAAGGACGACAAAGACUUCUUUAUGAAGAGAGCGCAGAGGAGAAGUACGAUCGAACAUGGACUUCAGGCAGUCGCGGAGAAGUGGACCGACAACAUGAUUUGCAAGUUUGAGAGCAAAACAUUCAUUCGAGGAGCGUACUAUCUCGUCACUCAACUAUUGACACGGGCGUAUCACCAAGGCAUUCACGUCUCAAGUGAAGAGGUGUUGAGGUUACGAAAAGUUGCCGAGAAUGCGGCACGUAAUAAGCAAAGCAUCAUAUUUCUCCCUUGCCAUAGGUCUCACGUAGACUACGUCAGCUCGCAACUCAUUUGCUAUCGGCUGGGGAUAGGUCUACCGGUCAUUGUCGCCGGCGACAACCUCAAUUUUCCUGUCGUUGGAAGCUUUCUGCAGCAUGCUGGUGCAAUGUGGAUUCGAAGGGCGUUCGGAGAUGACGCGCUAUAUACAACGCUGGUCCAGACCUAUAUCGACACUAUGCUUCAGCAGGGCUUCAACCUCCAAUGCUUCAUUGAAGGUGGACGAUCUAGAACUGGAAAACUCUUGUCACCUAAGUUCGGUAUCCUGGGCUUCAUGCUCGACAGUGUGCUCUCUGGCCGCGUCGAAGAUGCUGUUAUAUGCCCCGUCAGCACUCAAUACGACAAAGUUAUUGAGACUGAAGGUUAUGUAACGGAACUUCUAGGCAUGCCAAAGAAGAAGGAGAACCUGGCUGAUUUCCUGAGUGGAGGUUCGUCUGUGCUCUCCCUCAAACUAGGAAGGGUAGAUGUGCGGUUCCAGGAACCGUGGAGCCUUAGAGGUUUCAUUACCGAACAGCUGACCCGAAUAUCCCCUUCUCCUUCUAGUAUCACAGCAGAGAAUGCAGUGGCUAUGGCAGCACAGGUCAGCCCAACCGUCCGCCAAAAGAUAUUGCGAACCUUAGGGUACAAGGUCUUGUCUGAUAUCAAUGACGUGUCUGUUGUUAUGCCUACUGCGCUGAUUGGCACAGUGCUUUUAACGUUGCGCGGGCGUGGAGUCGGCAAAUCCGAGCUGAUGAGACGAGUAGAAUGGCUCAUUGCCCGCGUGCGAGCCAAAGGAGGACGUGUUGCCCACUUCCGUGAAGCUCCCCUGUCAGAUGUCAUCGACAGAGGUUUGGACGUGCUAGGAAAGGAUCUUGUUGGUGUCGUAACCGGGUUGCCAGAACCUACAUACUAUGCUGUCGACCGGUUCCAACUAUCGUUCUAUCGCAACAUGACUAUCCACUUGUUCAUAUCAGAAGCCUUGAUCAGCGCCGCUAUGUACACUCGCGUCAAGCUGGGAGGUGGCCCAGCCCACCAAGAAAUCUCAUACCAGGAACUGCACGACCAGGUUCUGUUCUUGUCAACUCUGUUCCGUGGGGAGUUUAUCUUCUCUGGAGAGGGCUUAGCAGUGAACCUGGAGAAGACUCUGAACGGGCUGGAAACCGACAAUGUUGUCACGCUCAAGCGUGAUGAGCAGGGGAAGAUUACAACCAUCGGGCUUGCCGAAGCGGAACGAAAGGCCGGUCGGGAGAACUACGACUUCUAUUGCUUCCUUAUUUGGCCAUUUAUCGAAGCUAGUUGGCUUGCUGCAGUAGCACUAAUGGCUCUUACACCGCCACUUGACCAAACUGGUGACGUCUGGAUCGAGGUCAUGAAAGCACAGAACGGUGCGCAGUUGGUAAGAUACCUGGCCACCUUGAUGACGAGAGUUUAG